AAAAAAAAAGAGGAAGAAAAAUACCCAUUGAUUAUAGAAGACCCGUCUCUUCCUUAUCGAACUGUAUAUGUAUUUUCUAACUUAGUUUAAAAGUUAGCUAACUCCCUUUAUUUUAGGAAAAGGAGCCGUUACAAGGCGUAAAGAUCAUGAUCAGGUAGCCAGCCUCUUAAUAUUAACAACGUAAAUUACCCAACCAUAUCCCAACCAUAGCUCAAAAUGAGUCCAAGUACUGAGGUAAGCUAUCAAGUUAACGUGCCCUUUUCGUGGGAGCACAAGCCUGGAGUUUCCAAGAUUAAACAUCAUCAUCAAGAAAGCAUUGUCCUUGAUGUAUGGAAAUAUUCCAUGCAAAAGCAGUCGCCUCCUCCUCCUUGCCCUUCAAAGAGCAGUACUAAUAAUAACUUCUCUUUUCAUCAUCAAGACCUUCCAUUUCGUCUUCCUGCUUUGAAGGCUCCAUCUAAAAUUAGUUAUUUCAAAAAGGUUAUUGGGUAUCAUCGAGAAGAUGAAGACCCCUUUCUUGUGGCUUACAAGAAGUGCACUACAUCUAAGGAUCAUGGCAAGAUCAGAAGGUUGAACAUUAAUGCUUUUCAAACUUUGUCCUGUAAGUACUCGUGCCCUGUUGCUAGAUGAUAAUUUAGCAAGGAUGUCUCAGAUUCCUGGAUCCAUGAUGAAAGGACGGGAAAUAGAGAGUUUAAGGAGUGGGUGAGCAGAAUGGAUUCAUACAUAUUCAUAAAUUUUGACGAGUUUUUUUGCUUUUCUUUCUCGUUGCAACCAUCUGGUGGGUCUGCGACUUGAUAGUAUAUACUUAAUUGGGAAGUGUACUUGGAAGUUGGAAAGUCUUCUAGGUAAAAAAUAAAGAAAGAACAUGUGGUGAGACUUUUA